ACCUGCCCCGCAAGGCAAUGUUUGGCGUCUGGCGCAGAUGGGGGCGUCUUGUCUGGCUCAGGGUAACCCAAGCAGGAUGCCUUGGCUGCGUCCAGUCGAGAUUUCUCGGUGUGUAAUUUUGGGAAACAGUGGUCUAAUCAUUUACAUUACCGCAUGCACGCCGUGAAACAAGAGAACCUAGUUCCACUCUUUUCGAUGAAACUCGGUGCCUAUACCAAAAUGACAACAAAUGUUUCCACUACCGCCGUUUUGUAUACUGAGCAAGCGGCUGAGUGAGGGUGGUGAUCGUCAGACACCAAGGCCGCCCAGACGAAGGCGAGUCGCCAGUGGUAAGGUCACCAGAGCAAAGCCCCUUGAGGCUGUCGCUAUCGCGCCGUCAUCGGAGACCCCCGAGGGCCUUAUCUCAUAGCCCAUGACAUUCACAUCGGUAACCGAGUUUUUGUGUUGCUUGCAUCUCAAUCAUGCCGGCCUAGCAGGCGGCUCUAGCACCCACCUUUACCCAGAUGACGGUGGAAUAGUUGGCGUGACGUGCGAUGAGAUGCGGCUUUAGCCUGUCUCAAACUCUCGCUAAGCCGCAUCCCAUCUGUUUGGUAGAGCUGUCUCGUACACUGCCUCGCCCCCUUCGGUGCUCGGCCUUCUCGCUGGCUGGCUGUCGGCCGACAGUUUAGCGCACAAGAAAAAGUGAGGGGGAAACUGUGGAGUGAGUGAGCCCUCGGCAUUAGUCACUGUUAAAGGAUUCUAAGUUUUGCUCGUGAUUGCAUCCUGUGAGCUACGGACGAACGGCUGUUUUUUUUUUUUGAUGGUGUUGAUGGAUUUGUUUUACAAAUCGUGUCCAGUCGAUUAGCUGUGACUGGUGUUGCAUUGGUGUGCUUGCGUAUGCUCAGAUAGGCAACUGGGGGGAUGAUGGGCGGAGAAACGUCGGCCCCUGCCUGCGAACUUGACACUGUGACCUCUGCGCCGAUUGCAUCAUGGUGUGCCCGCUACCGCGACCCCUUCUUAAAGAGAAAAUAAUCAAAAAUCGUUUGCACCACCGUAUAAUGCAAAUAGUGUCUUGACAGUGGAAUGACUUAAGACGAAACAAAGUCUCGAAACACUAAACCGGCACAAUGCGCCAUUGCAAUUUGGCCUUGUUGGUCCUGCUGCAGCUUGGCCACGCAUCCUCCAAGAGCUUCAGCAUCCACGAGGACAUCUUUGCGUUCCCCCAAUAUGAAGUUGUUUUGGCCGAUAGCACGAUACCCGAAAGCGACGCGCAGUCCAUCAUCGCCAACAGCCAAGCCAGCUCGAUACCGGAUGCCUCCAAGCAAUCUGUAGGAAAUGACGGCAAUGAUGAUACCGAAUCCUUCACUUACGAAAUAAUGAACUUACCGCCGAACCGAUACUUAUGUUCGAUACCCCAUAUUCCACCACCUGCGCCAGAAAAUGAAACAGCAACAGAGGUCGCCAUGGCGCAACAGGCUGAAGAAUCCAUUCGUGCUGCCGCAAGUGGCUGGGACUUGGUUGCUCAACCAAAGGGAGGUUGCCUCUACUUUGUGUCAGGUUGGUGGAGCUAUAGCUUUUGCAAUAACCGCAAGGUUGUGCAAUACCAUGCGAUAGCAAGCGGCACACCUGGCCAGCCGCCAACACCUGACCCGUCAAUGAAGGAGUACGUGCUCGGCAGCGAACGGACAAUCCCAGAUUCAGCAAAAUCCGAGACAGCGGCUAGCCCUGAGACUGACGCUGUGCCCGCUGAGCUGCAAGUCAACGGCGACAAGCCGUAUCUGACGCAAAAGCUUGUCGCUGGAACCAUUUGUGAUCUGACUUUGCGGCCUCGAACAAUCGAGGUUCAGUAUCACUGCGUUCCUGGGAUGAAGGGCGAUAAAAUUAGUUGGGUGAAGGAGGUUACGAUUUGCUCCUAUGUGAUGGUUGUCAAUACUGGCCGACUUUGCGACGACGUCGCUUUUCGACCUCCCGCCGUAUCAAAGCCAAACCCCAUCAGCUGCCAGCUUAUCGCCGAAUCUAGCCCAUCAAGCUUGCCAAGGAUAGAGUAUGGCAACUUUGACUUUGCAGCUCUAAAAGCCCAAGACAAGGCAAUGGCAGAAACCGACAAGAAGCUCUUGGGCGAGAGGCGCCAAGUCGUUGGCGAUGUCACGGUUGGUUCGAGAAACAUCCUGGCGGACGGCGAUGAGCCUGGCAAACCAAAGAUCAAGGUUGCACCGUCACGAAACAUAAUCAAUACCUACGCGUCUGGCGACUACGAAAUUCUUGAGAUUAUUGCGCGAACAGCCACAGCAGAAGAUGGCAAGGAACCAGUUAUUGAGGUACUGGGCGAUGAAGAGCUGCGAGAGUUGAAUCUCAAGGGUUCACAGAUUGAGGCCAUGGUGCAACGACUAGAAGAAAUAUCCGGGGGUACGCCCUGGAAGCUUGUCUUGGUCCAAAUGACAGAGACGGGAACCAGGGAGCUGAGAGUGUUUUAUGGCACUGACGAUGAGGAAGAACAAGAUGUCGAUGUUGAGACAACAAAGAAGAAGACCGAUGCGGUGCCUAAACUGGGGAAGAAGAAGGAAAAGGAAACUACAGGGAAGACGCAGACUAAAACCACGAAGAAGGCCAAGACUAAGGCGAAGGAUACCAAGGCGAAGGAUACCAAGCCAAAGGCCGAAGAGGAAGAGGUCUUGGAGGAGGAACAAGGAAGCACAGAGGAAUUCUUCAAAGAUGAACUAUAGAGUAAGCAGACUCUGGAGAGUCUGUUAUUAAUGUACAUUGUCAAAAC